AUGAUCGAUGCUAUUGCAAAUAUGGGUGCAGGGUAUAAAGGGCCAAAUUACCAAAGAGUUCGUGGAUAUUUGUUGAGUAAAUUGGUUGAAGAUGUAAAGAAGAUGAUUGAAGGUUAUCGUGUGAUUUGGAAACAAACUGGAUGUACUAUCAUGGCUGAUGGAUGGACUGAUCAUUGUAGGCGUACUUUAAUUAAUUUCUUGGUUUAUUGCCCUAAAGGAACUAUUUUCCUAAAGUCAGUUGAUGCUUCUCAUAUCUCGAAAACUGAUGAGGCUUUGUUUAAGUUGCUUAGGGAUGUUGUGUUAUUUGUUGGUCCUGAGAAUGUUGUACAUGUAGUGACGGAUAAUGCUGCAAAUUACGUUGCUGCUGGAAGGUUGUUGGAAUCAGAGUUUCCUAGAUUGUAUUGGUCUCCUUGUGCGGCACAUUGUAUUAAUCUGAUGUUGCAGGAUAUUGGGAAGUUAGUGGAAGUGACUGAAACUGUGUCACAAGCUUCAAUGAUUACGAAGUAUAUCUAUAAUCACUGCCAUCCUUUGUAUUUGAUGAGGCAGUUCACAGGCGGCCGAGAAAUACUUCGUCCAGCUCCAACUCGAUUCGCCACUAAUUUCAUUGCUUUACAAAGUAUUUUGGCUCAAAAGAAUGCAUUGAGAGCUAUGGUGACAUCUAGAGAAUGGACAAGUUCAGCUAACUCUAAAGAAGCCAAAGCAAAAAAGUUUGUGGAUCAAGUCUUAGGUUCUAAAUUUUGGAAUCAAUGCACUGAUAUUGUUAAGCUUACGGAGCCACUUGUUCAUGUAUUGCGUAUUGUGGAUAGUGAAGAUAGAGCUGCAAUGGGUUUCCUUUAUCAAGCUAUGAAUAAGGCUAAGGAAGACAUGGUGAAGAGGUUUCAAAAAAGAAAGAGGGUUGUUGAACCUUAUUUGAAGAUUUUAGAUUCACGUUGGGAUUCACAACUUAAAAGAAACCUUCAUGCUGCUGGUUAUUGGUUAAAUCCAGCUUUUCGAUUUAAUUCUGCAGAAUUUGACAAGCACAAAGAAACAAUUUAUGGCCUACUAGAUGUGAUUGAGAGAUAUGCUUACGGUGAUGCUGAUUUGAAUACUAAAUUAACAAGUGAGAAGAGAAUCUUUAAGAAUGCUGAAGGAGACUUUGGGAGAAUGUCUGCAAUACGUGAGCGAAGCACAGUGAUGCCUGAUCAAUGGUGGAAAUCUUAUGGAUGUGGAGCACCAAACCUGCAAAAGUUAGCUAUUCGUGUUUUGAGUCAAACUUGUAGUUCUUCAGGUUGUGAGCGUAACUGGAGCAUUUUCGAACACAUUCACUUAAAAAAAAGGAAUCGUUUAGAGCAUCAAAAGCUUAAUGAUCUUGUUUAUGUUCAUUACAACUUAAGGCUACAACAAAGGAACCGAAUGAGAAAGCAAAGUUAUGAUCCAAUUUGUCUUGACGCAUUUGAGGAUCAUUCGGAAUGGAUAAUGGAAGAUUCACCACCAUUUUUAACUCCUGAAGAAGUUGAUGCUUUGCGGAAUGAUCUUGCAAAUAUGUCUCUUCAAUCAGCUUUAGAUGAUUUGGAUGAAUUGAAUCUGGAAGAUGAUCGAGAUGAUGGUGAAGCUAAUAAUACUCCUGUGGAAAAUGCAAAUCAGAAUGAAACCAAUCAAGAUGUAGCUCCAGAUUUACAAGCAGAGGAACUCGUCGUACUCUUCCUUAGAGCUAUCUGGCUUGUACUUGGUUUGGACGAGCUAGAGAACGAGCAAUCGGCAGGUGCAGAUGUAUUUGCAGCGAAGGAGGAAGUUGCGGCCAACAAGAGCCUCCAAGACACUGGCCUUGCCACUACUUUGGCUGUCGACCACUACCACCUGAGGGAGGUCAAUGGUGGACUGACUGCCAAUGCAGGAGAAGAUAUCCUAGAGGCAGUUCAUGAGCGAGAUCAAGGAGGAUCCAAGUGUCAUAGUGAUAGCAAAAGAUGA